AUGGAAGGCUUUCACUGCCAAGUGGGAAAUGCCGAGCUACUUGCAGACAUCGAGGCCAAGAAGGCCAAGCGCGAGGAAGAGCUCGCCAAGAAGAAGCAGGAGGCCAAGAACAAGGUCAAGCAAGACCGCCUUGAGCAACAGCGCCAGUCGCAGGAGAUGCAUCAGCAGAAGGAAGCGGAGCGGCGAAAAAAGCGGGCAGAGCAAGUACUGAUGUCACAGCUGGAGUCCCUUCGGAAGCUGCUUCUGAAGGCCGACAUUUUGCUGCAAACGCUGGAUGCUCGCGAUCCUUUGUAUUGCAGAUGUCCGGAACUGGAGGCUUGGGUCAGAGAGAAGGGGAAGCGCCUCAUCUACGUCUUGACCAAAGUGGACCUCAUUUUGCCUCAGCAAGCAGCAGACUGGAUACAGGUGCUGGGCCCAUUGGCGCCAGUAGCCUGCGUGCAGGUUGAAGCUGGUGGGGAAGGUGUGACGCAGCUUGUUCAGAUGCUCGGCGUUGACCCAGAUGCUGCAAAGCCAGAUCAAGUGGGUAUUCUGGGCUAUGAAGGCACCGGCAAAAAGUCCCUCCUGAAGGCGAUUCGGAGACAAGUUCCGGGUUCUACCCGAUGGCUUUUGGAAUCCGUCGGUCGACUGCGGCCUGCUGAUGACCCGGAGGGGGAGGCUGCUGCCACGGCCAUGUUGCACAUGGCCAUGCGGGGCUUACUGGUCAGAGGACGGGCAUCCGAAGGUGUGUCUGCAGAGCCUUUGGAAGUUGUGCGCCAUCUCUUGAAUCGUGCCGGUGUGCCAGCAGUGAUGAGACGGUACCGGCUGCCGACGUUUGAGGGGGCGGAGGGCUUCGUGCAGGUUUGGGCAAAGACGUACAACAUCAAGACGAAGAAGGGCAAAGCUCCAGGUGUGGAGUCUGCCGCGCAGCUUUUUCUACAGCAGCUGGCUACGGCUCCCUGCUGCAGCUGCCUAGCACCAGCCCAGCUCCAAGAUGCGCAGCCCAGCCUGUGGGCGACUCACUCUUCCCGGCCCAGUAUGGAGGCAGUGAUGAAGACACAGCUGGAUCUACUGAGAUCACGUGAUGGUUCAUCAAGUUCAGCUGUUAAGGGCCUGAGCAUGCCUUCGCACGGGCUCGGGCCUGGCGUGGCACUGAAGGAGCUGAUGGAAGAUGAUGGUGAAAGUGAUGACGAUGCGAUGGAGAACGAAGGCUUUGAAGAGGGGGAAGAGGAGGAGCUAAUGGAAGGUGACGAAGAGGAGGAUUUUGAAGACGAUGCCAUGGAAGAUGACUAG